AUGCCUCCCAAGAAGAAGGUUGAGCGCCCUGCUCAGGAGAACAUCUCCCUCGGUCCUCAGGUCCGCGAAGGCGAGCUGGUAUUUGGCGUCGCCCGCAUCUUCGCAUCCUUCAACGAUACCUUCGUCCAUGUUACCGAUCUCUCUGGCCGCGAAACCAUCUGCCGUGUCACCGGUGGCAUGAAGGUCAAGGCCGACCGUGACGAGUCCUCUCCCUACGCUGCCAUGUUGGCUGCUCAGGACGUCGCCGCCCGCUGCAAGGAGCUCGGCAUCACCGCUCUGCACAUCAAGAUCCGUGCUACCGGCGGUAACGGCACCAAGACCCCAGGUCCCGGUGCUCAGUCUGCUCUUCGUGCGCUCGCCCGUGCUGGCAUGAAGAUCGGCCGCAUUGAAGAUGUCACGCCCACUCCAUCCGACUCGACCCGCAGAAAGGGUGGUCGCCGUGGUCGUCGUCUGUGA